UGUGCUACCUGGUGUUCCUGUGUCUCGCCCUGUGCCUCGCGCACGCGCCCGCCCUGGCGUUGUACGGCAGCUUCGACGAGGCGAACCUGCAGGGGUGGGUCGUCGAUGCGACCGAGCAGCAGUCCAUGGUGGCCCACUCCAGCCUGACCGCCGGCAACACCGGGCCCGACGGCACCUCGUCCCUGACGCCCUGCGUCUGCGCGCUCGCAAGUGUUGCGCUGAUGCUCGUGAGCGCGGCGCACAUGUCCAGCCGGCAGGUCCAGCUGAAGCAGGAGAUCGACUCCACGGAGGUGGAGCCGAACGACUUCGCCCUCUUCAUCGAGGGGCUUCCCGCCGACGCGGCCCGCGGCAAGGAGAUCAGGGAGUGGGUCGAGCAGCACGCCCGGGCGUGCCGCAGCACCGACGUGGUGACCGUAGUCGUCGGCUUCGACAUCCCGAAGUUUGUUGCGCAAGCCGUUACGGUCUCCAAGCUGAGGAAGGAGCUGAUGGAGUGCGAGGACGACGCCGCUCGGAGAGAGCUGAUCCAGCAGAUCGAGACGCUCAGCAAGCCGAUCGCGACAGCGGAGGAGCUGGUGAAGUUCCUGCCGAACACGGGGUACGCCGUCGCGGUGCUGCGGAGCCAGUCCGAGCACCGGGAGUGCCUGCAGCAAUGGGACACCUGGAGGGAGUGGCUUGCCUGGACGCUGCCGCUGCCGACGAGCCUCCUUGCCAAAGUCAGCGAGACCCCGCGAUUUCGCGGCACUCACCUUGUCAGGAUAACCCGCGCCAGCAAUCCCUCUGAUUACAUGUGGGAGAAUCUGAGUACCACCGAUUCGGAGCGGAGACGCGCUAGGCUCAAGGCCUACGCCGUCCUCGCCGCCAUCUUCGCCCUGUGUGUCCUGUCCGUGUGGGGCAUGAAGGCGCUCCAGCUGCACCUCAACUUCGGCUCGUGGUUCAGCCUGCUCGUGGUGCUGCCCAUGGUGCUGGCUGCCAAGUUUGCGGGCCCCAUCGCCACCCGGCGGUACGUCCUUCAGGAGAAGCACAAGACGAAGACCCAGAGGGACCUCGCCCUCAUGGUCAAGUACACGAUAUUCGCGGUGCUCGUCUACUGCGUGUGUCCCUUGGCCAUCGUCCGCGCCGACGCGAUUGGACAGCCCGCUCCCAGCAAAGACACGGGCUACUACCGCGACGGCGGCCUGCAGGGGACGGUGGCGACGCUGCUCCUCGUCAACAACUUCCUCCUCCCGCUGACGACCUUCCUCGGCUCAGGGGUCCUGAUGCGGCGAGCCAUCCUCAACUUGGGCAACCCGCUUCGCGGCACGCCGCCGCUCGACCUGGACCACCCCCCGCCGGGGCUUACUCAGGCCAGGCUCAGGAGGCAGUUCGAGCCGCCAGACAUCAACAUGGCCAGAGUCAUGAGCCAGGUCAUGAAGAAGUUCUUCCUGGGCGUCUUCUUCCUGCCGAUGUUCCCCCUGGGCAUCCUGUACUCAGCAGGGGGCCUGAUGCUGGAGUACUGCGCCUACCGGUACCAGCUGCUCCGCCUGAGCAAGCGGCCCUACCGCCAGAGCCACGACGUCGCUUUCGGGGCCCUGAGGCUCGUGUCGGCCGCCGCCGGAGUCCUGGGGCUCACGCAGUUCCUGCUGUUGGCGCCCUCCCUGGCAGGCCAGGGCCGGCAACUCUGCGGGUGGGUCGCCCUCAUCGGCACGCUGCUGGCGGCCGCGUUGGCCGUCGCGCCCGAGCAGGUGAGCCGGCUGCUGUUCUGCGCCGUGUGCCUGGGGGCGCGCGCCGACACGGAGACGGACGUCGACUACUACGCUGCCCAGAAGGCGUGGCCGAAACACCAGAAGUACCACACGACCCACGCGGUGCCCGGCGGCGCAAAGACCAGCUCAGAACGGGCCCCCCCCGACUUCUGGGGUCCGCCCCGCCUGGCGGGGGUCGCCUUCCCGGUCGCCGCGGCCGGGCUCGGCUCGGGAGGCCAGUCGGUGGCCUCUGCGGGCGUCCCGAACAGCGAGGGCACGGUGGUUCAGAAGACGAUGCCGGGAGCCUUUCGUUGGCACUCAGUGUGGCUUUCCUGCGCCGCCCAGUGGUCCGCAGUGGCUCGCUGGCGCCAGUGGAGGCGCCCCCGGCAGCAAGGGCUGCCCCGUCCGCAGCCAUUUUGUCUCGAGCGGGUCACCAGCACAUCCGAGAUCGGGCCGCCCUGGCGGCGGGCGGGAGCCAUGCUCGGUAAGUCGAGCGUCCCGAUCACCACCCUGAUGCUCCGCAACUUGCCCCGGGUGUACACCCAGGAGCAGCUUCUGACGGAGAUCCAGCACGCGUUUGGUAGCAAGGUGGACUUCAACUUUCUGUACGUGCCCUGGGACUCGCAUCUCAGCCGCAACGUAGGCUACGCUUUCCUGAACUGCUGCGACGCGGAGGGUGCAGAAUGGUGCCGUGCGUUCUUCAGCGAGUACUACUUCCACAGGUCGGCGAAACACAAGCCGUGCGCGGUUUCCCCGGCCCACAUCCAGGGGCUGGAGAGCAACCUGCUUCACUUGGUCGGGACGUUUCUGUGCGAGCGCAGGGAAAGCGCACCGAUCGUCUUCUGGCAUGGGCAGAGGAUCCGCUUCCCGCAGGUCGUCGCCGCACUCCGGCGGCUCCCCGGCACGCCCGCGAUGCAGGCGCCGUUCUCGGGGCCUGCUGGCAGCGUGGCCCCGCAGCCGGGCGGGGAGCCCGGGGCCGGCGGGCCCGAGACGGGCCCCGCGGCGCGCAGGCUGCAGCCCGCGUCCGCGCCCGGUGCCGAGCGGCGGCCGGCGGCGGCGUCGCAGAGCCCGCCGCCCAGUCACAGCACCGGCGAGGCCUCGGAGCGGCUGCCGUCCUCCCCCGCCAGCCUCGCGGAGGGGCUCAGCGGCGGCAGCGGCUCGUGCGAGCGCGCCGCGGGAGGCCCCAGCGGCACCGACGAGCACGACGACUUCGGCCGCCUGCUGGCCGAGGCCUCGCUCGCCCAGCGCCUCGGGGCCCUGCUGCUGGAGAGGCGCGCCGGGCUGCUGCGGGCCGCCUCGGCCACGGGCCCGAGCGCCGCGCCGGCGCCCGCCGAGCCGCUCCGCGGCGGCGCGGCGCCGCCCUGGGCGCCCGCCGGCCUCCCCGCUCCGCCGGGCGCGCCGGGCGGCGGUCCGGCGCGGGCGCCGCCGUGGGCCACCGCGGGCGGGCUGAGGGUGAUCGAGUCGACCAAGAGCGUCCACUGCCUGGCGCUCGAGAAGUUCUUCGGCAAGUUCUCCGACGGCGCGGGGUGCCCUGCCGACCGCGCCGGCAGCUCCGCCGCGGAGAAGGGGCCUGGUGUCUCGGGCUGGCCGCCUGCCGCCCUGGAAUUCGGCAGCCUCAAGGUGUUCAGCCUGUGAGCGGCUGGCCCUCGUUCGGCGACCGGGGCAGUGGAUCGCAGCAUCCUGGCGUCAGGCCUCCUCCUCUGCUCGCUCCCUCCUCACCCCCAUCAUCGUGAUUCUUCUCUUCCCUGUCCCUUGCGCGAAACUAUGGCCGUCUCGCCUCCCUGCCUAUUUAAUCUUAUACCGAGUGGAGUAUCAACACUUGGACAGCUUUCUGUCCCGUUUUUUUUUUUCACAAGGGGGUCGCUUCAGGCUUCCUUACGAGGAAAAGAUUACCGCCUCAUUCCCCCGCCGUUCUCAUCUCAUUGACCUGAGGCAAUGUGCAGACAGCGUCAGUAACCUCUUUCCCACGCCGCGAGAUCCGAGUAGAUUUCUCCGUUUCUCAUUGCAUGGGAUCGCCUGCUUCAUGCAUAUUGAAUUGAGAAGCUCCGAGCCCAUUUGUUUACAUGGUUUGACAUUCGGACAAGUGACAGAUCACUUAGUUCUGUUUCAAACCAGGCUGGUGCUGCCAGCAUCUUCGUCCAAGCCGCGUUGCGAAUCAGUCUCCAAUGUUUCAACGAUUGCCAUCCUGAAGGUAGGAUUUUUCUGGGGUAGGGUAGAGGCGAACAAGGAGAGCGAGGUGGAGGCUUGCGGGGAAGCAAGACGAACUGCAGGUCGAGUAGCAUGUGCUCGAGGAGCGGGCAUGGCGCAGUGCCUGAUCUUGCGCACUUCACUCUAACGAGAGGGACGGAUGUCGCGGGUUUGCGCUCUGCCCGCUUGGUUUCUUUUUCAGAAGCAGGUGAGCGCGUGGGCGAAAGAAGGCCUCGCCAGCCUGCUCUCACCGCUUUGCGGGAGUGGUCGCACGGUCCCACGCCAGUGGUUGCUUCGCUUACAUCGCGCGUGGCAGGAUGAGUUUCGAGCUUCGGCCAUCCUCUCGCGUGGCGGCACGCUGCCUGCGUCGUGGCGCGCCUCCUCUCGCAGCGCGGCCCUGCUGCACCCACAGGCGGCGGCAGAUCUGCGCUCGCGGUGCUUCCAGGCAGGAGGCUCGGCGCGUGCCGCUCGGCGCGUGCCGCUCGGCGCCGACGUGCGCGUGCCGCUCGGCGGCGCCGUGGAUCUCGUUUUUCGACAUUGCGCUUCUUGCCGCUUGCAGAUUAUUGCCUUUAGUGUAGUGCGCCAGGUAGUGCGCGCAUCGUAUGAGCAAGCCAUGGAAGCGCAUUCUGAGCCUUUCGGACACUGAUUAGCCAAGCCAGAGACUGCGCUGCGUCUGCCUGGGCAGCAAGCCUCAGACAAUCAAAAACAGCAAGAGCUGCCCCGAG